UGUCCAACUGUCUCUGGCUCCAGGGAGACUUUGUAGACAGAGGGUAUUACAGCCUGGAGACCUUCACAUACCUCCUGGCACUGAAAGCCAAGUGGCCUGACCGCAUCACCCUGCUGCGAGGCAACCACGAGAGCAGGCAGAUCACCCAGGUGUACGGAUUCUAUGAUGAGUGCCAAACCAAAUACGGGAAUGCCAACGCCUGGAGAUACUGCACCAAAGUGUUUGACAUGCUGACAAUAGCAGCUCUGAUAGACGAGCAGAUCCUGUGUGUGCACGGAGGCCUGUCCCCAGACAUCAAGACCCUGGACCAGAUCCGAACCAUCGAGCGCAACCAGGAGAUCCCUCACAAAGGAGCCUUCUGCGACCUGGUGUGGUCAGACCCUGAGGAUGUGGACACGUGGGCCAUCAGCCCGCGGGGGGCAGGAUGGCUCUUCGGGGCCAAGGUCACCAAUGAGUUUGUCCACAUCAACAACCUGAAGCUGAUCUGCAGAGCACACCAGCUCGUCCAUGAAGGCUACAAGUUCAUGUUUGAUGAGAAGCUGGUCACGGUAUGGUCAGCCCCCAACUACUGCUACCGCUGCGGGAACAUUGCCUCCAUCAUGGUCUUUAAGGAUGUAAAUACACGAGAACCAAAGCUAUUCCGAGCAGUCCCAGACUCAGAGCGUGUCAUUCCUCCCAGGACAACCACCCCCUACUUCCUCUGAGCCCUUGCCCGCCUGCUCCCCUCCCCGUGCUGCCCAACAAUAUACUUUUUAUUGAGCACUUUGCUGCUGAAAUGCUGCCUCUUGCCUUUGUUAUUUUUAAAUUAUCUGAUUUCGUUGUGUAUGAUGGUGUCUGUAGCCAGGUCCUUUCCCCCUCCCCGAGAUCGAUUUCGGAGUAUUUGUACUAUGUCCCUGAGAUUUGUACUACUGCAUGU